GUGGUAGCGGGACCGAUGGUGGCGGCGCGGCAGCGGCGGCGCUGGGGUGUGCCGGUGCUGCUGGCGGCAUACGUGGGCUACCUGGGGCUGGGCGCCGCCGUGCUGCAGGCGCUGGAGCGGCCGGCCGAGGUGCAGGCGGCCCAGCACCUCCUCCGGGAGCACUGGGAGCUGCUGACCAACCACACCUGUCUGCAGGGGCCCGCCCUGCAGCGGCUCAUCGAGGGUAUCAUCCAAGCGUACAAGAGUGGCAUAACCCUCCAGGGAAACACCACUAGCCUGGGCAGGUGGGACUACAGUGGGUCUUUCUUCUUCUCCAUCUCUGCAAUAACAACCAUUGGCUAUGGAAACCUGAGCCCCAGCACUGCAGUUGGGCGAAUCUUCUGCAUCGUUUUUGCACUUUUUGGGAUCCCCUUGAACCUUGUACUCCUGAAUGAAAUUGGGCAGCUCAUGCUGCUUGGGGUUCAGCAUUGUGCUCAUCGCCUAGAGGAGGUAUUUCACUGGCAGAAUAAGGCUUCCUUCCUGAUGAAGACCUGUGCACUGGUAACUGGCUUGUUAUUGUUCCUCCUGCUACCUCCCUUGUUAUUCUCUGACAAAGAAGGCUGGUCUUAUGAAGAAGGCUUCUACUAUUCCUUCAUUACCCUCAGCACUAUAGGGUUUGGAGACUAUGUGAUUGGGAUGAACCCAGAUCGCACCUAUCCAAGCUGGUACAAGAAUGUAAUCUCUCUGUGGAUCCUCUUUGGGAUGGCCUGGCUAGCAUUGAUUAUCAAAUUUUGCAUCAACAUUCUAGAGAGCUCCAGUGACUUCUGUCAAUGCCACAAGCAGAACACAGAGAUGGCAGAAGAUUUCAUGGAUGGUAACAAAAAUAGUAUGACUGGACUUCAAAAUGCAGAGAUCAGCAGUAACAAAGACACAAAAAUGAAGGAACCAGUUGAAUCCCACUCUUACACAGCUCCUACAGAAGCCCUCUAGGGAAGAAAAAUACCCUUGGUGUUCUGUAGGUUUUAGUGCACCAAAGAUGAACCAUUUAGAAAUGUGUAAGUGGAGCUGCCCUGACCUGUGAAUGGAGUGAAUGUUUGCUUAUUGAGCUUGAAAUGCUUUCAUUCUGAAUUGAGCAAUGACAGAAUGUUUCAUUUGCAGCAGCACCAAGUAUUACCAAUAGGAUUUUUAUCCAAAAGUAGAUUUAUGGAAAUAUUACCUGCUCUCCCACCUCAGUCUAUGAAGUAAUCUUUGACAUCACUGAACAACAUGAGCUGCUGUCCAUUUCUAAGCAUGAUUCCUGCAGCCUCUAGUUAUAUGUAUGGCAUUUUGCAAAUGCCACAGCCAUGAGAGCAAGUGCCAUUUAAUGCAGGGAACAAAUAGCAUAUUGCUAAAAGAAAUUAAAAGCACUGUUUAAAGCUAUCUGGCAGUUAUGGCAAAUGUGCACCAUCACCUAUAUAGUCGUACUUGUGAAAGGUGGUAACGAGGUGCCUGAUAGAAACAGAUCAUUCCAUUUUUUAAAAUUUCUGUAUCAGAGGUCUGCUAACAGAGAUUGGGUAGGCUAUUCCUUACUUCAGAACUUGUGGGUUCAUCCUUUGAAAUAUUUUGCAGACCAAAUGUCAUCAGCUAAACAUGACAGUUCAUUUAGAUAGAUCUGUAUUUUGCCACAUCUUGGAAGUCAGAAAAGAAGGACUAGAGGCAAUUUUAAGAGUCAGUGGCUCCAACCUUUUCCUUUUGCCAAUAUUAACAAAGGCUACUUCAAUCUAGAAACAGACUGAUUUUUCUUCAACUAUGAUCAAUUGAUGUUGUUGUGAUGAACUUCUCAUGUCAUGAAUGAUUAGUGUACCUGUUCUAACAUGUUACAUAUCAUCACAAUUGGUUUUCAUCUGCAGAAUGCCAGACAUAGUUAUUUGACCUUUGUGUCUGUCAUGAAACUGACACAAAGGAACUUGGUUGGGUGUUUAUAGUUCCAUUAAAUUCUCAAAAAUCUUUUGAUACAUUAUGCUAUUUAUAAAGGUGCAACAGAGUCUAACUCCUGGUGCUGUUUGUAUUCUAUUACCUGUUCUUCUCAUUUUGUUAUUCCUGUUGUGCUAUUUGUAUCCUGUGCAUUAACUUUGGAAACUUCACCAUGACAGCAAACCUGAAUGAAGCAUGUGGUUGAGCCUUCAGCUUUUGCAGCGAACCAAGAUUCCACGGGGUAGUCAGAGAAAAGACUGGAAACAGAGUUUGCCAGAAUGUGGGACUGAAUAAUUAGAAAUAUCCAUAGCUAUAUCCACAGAAAUCGAGUGAGUGAAAAGCGUACAGUUUUCAGGAGUAAAAGUUCUGAAAUAUAUAUUGUGAAAAAUGUGUUUCCAGAAGAGGCCAGUCUGAGUGUUGGUAUCUGGUAGGAUUACAGGAAAAAAAUGCAACAAAGGGAUCAGCUGAAUUAAACUUAGUCUGUUGACCUUUUUAUGAUUGCACAGUAGUUCUCUCAAAUAUGGUUUGAAGGGGCAGCAGAGAUCAGGAAGGGAGGCAGUAGAUGUCUUGGAUCAUACUAAGGCAAAAUAAAUACAUUUCACAUUUUUGAACAUUGGGUAAUUUCUUUAACAGCCUUUAGAAUAAACUUUUCUGUUCCAUGUUUCAUCUUGCUUAUUUUCACUGAUGGAUAUACAAUGUAGGUUUUACUGGCCUACAUGAAGAAGAAAAUAUAUUUCUUAAAAUAAUGAGUAAAUUACAAUUCUGCUUCACAAAAUGUGAUACCCUUUAAUGAAUUUCCUUUGCACCUUUUUUUCACAUGCAAAACUUAGUAAGUAUAGGUGUACUGUAAAAUUUGGAUGUCCAGGAGGAGGUGGUAGGAGUUUCUGCUGUCAAAGCACAGGAAUGACUGACUAUGUUAAUCUGUUUCGACUUUUAGUUAAAAUGUCACAGACUCUGGGAUUUUCUGCCAACUCUGCUCUUUGAUGAAAAGGCUUAUAGAAGACUUGAGAAGAGUUUCUUCUUUUAAAUUUGCAUGUCUAUUACAUUAAUCACAAUUAAUGCUCCUAUGUAUUUUUAGGCUGUAGAUGGGGUUUUCAAAAGUGCCUUAGAAGCUUAGGCACCCUAGUCCCACCAAAAAGCAGAGUUACAUGUCUUUAGGCAGCUAAUAUACAUUUCUGAGAGGCAAAGGUGAGAGGAACUCAAGGAGUAGUCUUGGGAAAAAAGGAUAAAAACCUUUUGCAGAUCUCAGUCUUUCCCACUAUAUGUCAGGGUUCAGCCACAGACUUAGGCAUGUGGCUGGAUCUCAAGAUGCCUCAUUUUCUGCCCCAGCUGUCCUUUCUGAGUCACUUCUUUCCACAGCCCUGCUGCCCAGCUGCUUACCACAAAUACAGUAUCCCAUAUUUAUGGGAGACACAUCAGAACUGCUGGAAAGCCACAUAUACUUCCAGAGAUACAAGUGCUUGCUUGGAUCUUGGAUCACCAAAAAUUUUAAGAAUAAAUGAAUCAAAUACCAUCUCUGACUGGAUUCUCUGACACUGAAUUAUUAUGUUGUCUCUUAUGAAUAUCCUCUUUGUCACACUUCCUCCCAGCUAGCUUUGGAUGUGGACAACAUUUGUAUAUCUGAGUAUAUAUGAGUCCCAACAAAGUGCUGUGCUUCUGGUCUUUCUGCUCUUUAUAAAGCUGCAUUGUGGUGAAAUGAUAUGAAUGAAUUUGUUCCCAGAGGGAUGAGAAGAAAGUGGAGUUUUGUAACAUCACAGAAACACCAUCAUCAAUAUGUCUAGUAUACCAAAAUAUGAAAGGAUAUCUUUACAAGGAUAAAAUAAAGAAAAUAAAAGCAUGGUCCUGUUAUCAUUCUUGUCACAGCUGA